AUGAAGUCAUCUGAACACAGUGUCGUGUUGGGUGAAGUACUUAGCAAUGGUGAUCGUUAUAUCGAAGCAUCUUCAUUGGACUUGUCGGCUGUACUAGAGCCGUACGGCGCAGAAAAGAUCAACAAAAGCAUUUUCAUCAUCUGCAUUGGCCCCAAGCUGUCUGAACAUAGACAGGAGAUCACCAAGCUACUAGACGACGACUUCAACGUUUUCCCAGUACUGGACAGUCUCGACGAAAUCCAUGCAUACAAAGGAGACAAGGCCAAGACAGUAGACAUCGGCAUUCGAGUUGCAUGCGGAGUGGCACCUCCCGGCUUGGUCUGA